AUGGCAAGCGGACCACCACCAGACCCGGUUGGGGAGACCGAAUCCAAGGGCCCUCUUCUACUGGAUCUCAACAUAGCCCUGAUCGUUUUGACCACCACUGUCAUGGCCACGAGAUUAUACGCUCGUGGCAUCGUGACCAAGGCCCUUGGACUGGACGAUGUGAUAGCGAUGGUUGCCUAUUGCCUUGCUAUCACUUUGUCAAUCCUGGAGAUCACAGCGGUUGGAAAAGGAGCCGGAGCUCCGAUGAGCACCCUUUCACCAGAGCAGCUCAAUGCCUUUUUCUCUCAACUACCAAUUAAUCAACUAAUAUUCUUCCUGGCCUGCGGCUUCGUCCGCCUAUCCAUCUUGGCCUUUCUUCCUCGCCUGAGUAGAGACCGCAUUUUCAUGCGAUGCAUCUGGGCCACAGGAGUGGUUAUCUUGACCAUCACUCUGGCAGCAUUCUUCUUUGUCCUCACAGAGUGCGAUCCUAUCCUGUAUGUUGAUGGCCCGGAUUCGCGAGUGGUGCUUUCUAACUCCCCCAGGGACCUCUUCCACGCUACCAAACCCAACAAGAAGUGCAUCAGUAAACAAAAAGAGGCUUAUAUGAUGUGGGCACAUGCAAUUGUUGGCAUCUUCAUCGACGGUGCUCUAUUCGCUCUUCCGAUCUGGGUUAUCCGGAAUAAGAUGGCUGCUGGUGCAAAGGCCAUCAAGGUCAUUCUAGUCUUUUGUGUCGGCUUGUUCGCUAUUAUGACGGGAAUCAUUCGUCUCAGCUUUAUCGUCACCACUGACUUUAGCGUCAACACGACCUACAAGAUGUAUCGGGUAGCGCCUUGGACUGUUCUGGAAGUCCAUGUUGGCCUCUGGUGCGGCUGUUUCCCAUCUCUCCAGCCCCUCCUUCGCAUCAUCUCCUUCAAACUCGGCCUCCGAAGUCGUCUGGAAAGCACCUACAAACGAACAACACGGAACACGGGGACAGGGGGUCCGAGCAGUCACAACUGGCGCGCAAGCGGGUACGUCAAGCAACAGAGUACUGUUGAUCAAGAGCAGGAAAGCGACGGCGCGGGUAGGAGGGGCACCGUGUCAGGUGCUGGUGAUUCGACGACGGAGAUUAUGCCGAUGGGAAGCAUCGAUCAUGUUGGUAGGGGUAUUCGGAUGACGACUGAUGUGAUAGUCAACGUGGAGGACGGUGUUGACGAUGGGAGGGAGAGGAAAACGACGUGGGAUACAGUCUGA